AGAAAUAUAAUGAAGAAAAGAAUAUAAAAGAGUGACAUUCCACCAGAAAGGUCUAAGAAAAGCAGGUGACUGUUAAGUGAGGGAUUUUUUGGGCACUGAUGUGAUUUAAAUGGAUCUUUUCUGAGCCAUGCUAGCGGGGGCGGAGUUAAUGAGAUGACGUCACGCCGCCUCUCGUCUGUAUCUGAGGCUGAAUAAAGCAGCUCUGUCGCUCUUUCAGUUUUUCUCCGUGGAGGAGGGAAAUGAGCGACUUGAGCACUGAAAUUUGACCUUGCCUUACGAGAAAUCUUCAUUUGACAGUGAGUGGACGCGUUAAGAGGAUACUGUUGCUCUGCAGUUGGCUCACCAUAACUGUGAAAGAGGGGGAAAGUCAAUAAACAGGCUGACUGACCUUGUGUUUGGGUUUGUUGUUUGUGAUAAGCUGUUUAUUUUAGAUUUUUUUUUAAAAUCCCCGUCAUGAACAUGGAUGAGGACAGCAAAGUACCUGAAGAUCUCUCUCUAGCAGAAAGAGAUGAACUGUCCAACAUUCGACGAAGGAAAAAAGAAUUACUUGAUGACAUUGAACGGUUAAAGUUUGAGAUUGCUGAAGUGAUGACAGAGAUUGAACAUUUAACAUGCAUGGGAGAGACAAAGACCAGUCAGCGGAAUAAACAGAUGGCUAUUGGAAGAAAGAAAUUCAAUAUGGAUCCUAAAAAGGGUAUCCGGUUUCUUUUGGAUAAUGACCUUUUGCAACACACACCUGAGGACAUUGCACAGUUCCUAUACAAAGGAGAGGGCUUGAAUAAAACAGUCAUCGGAGAUUAUUUAGGGGAAAGAGAUGAUUUUAACAUCAGCGUUCUGCAGGCCUUUGUGGAACUUCAUGAGUUUGCGGACCUCAACCUAGUGCAAGCUUUACGGCAGUUUCUCUGGAGCUUCAGACUCCCGGGUGAGGCUCAGAAGAUUGAUCGGAUGAUGGAAGCUUUCGCAUCGCGAUAUUGCCAGUGCAACCCAGGCGUCUUCCAGUCCUCAGACACGUGCUACGUCCUGUCAUUCUCCAUCAUUAUGCUCAAUACCAGUCUGCACAACCCCAAUGUCAGGGACAAGCCCACUGCUGAGAGAUUCAUCUCUAUGAACCGUGGCAUCAAUGAAGGUGGUGACCUGCCAGAGGAGCUGCUCAAGAAUUUAUACGAAAGCAUUAAAAACGAGCCCUUCAAAAUCCCUGAAGAUGAUGGCAAUGAUCUGACGCACACGUUCUUCAAUCCAGACAGGGAAGGAUGGCUGCUGAAGCUAGGAGGAAGAGUGAAGACAUGGAAAAGGAGAUGGUUCAUUCUCACUGAUAACUGCUUGUAUUACUUUGAAUAUACAACAGACAAAGAGCCUCGAGGGAUCAUUCCACUGGAGAACCUCAGCAUAAGAGAGGUGGACGAGCCAAGAAAACCAAACUGUUUCGAGCUCUACAACCCAAGACAUAAAGGUCAGGUGAUCAAGGCGUGCAAAACAGAGGCAGACGGAAGGGUUGUAGAGGGGAACCACGUGGUGUACAGAAUAUCAGCACCUACUCCUGAGGAGAAAGAGGAGUGGAUCAAAUCCAUCAGGGCCAGCAUCAGCAGGGACCCUUUCUACGAGAUGCUGGCGAGCAGAAAGCGGCGUGUCGCCACUAAGAAGUGACAGCAGGAUGACCUUUGCCAGGUGCUGAUCUCUACCAGAGAGUCUAUUGUCUGCUCAUCUACAGGGGAGCGUAUUAAAUCACGCCGGAACCUGAAGGAGGUUAGCUGCAAGACACAGAGACCUCCACUCCGAGCAUCACAGACUCUCAGCAAUAAAACACUUCAUGGUUGGUGCAUACUUUUAAUGUGGUAAUCUGCAGCAAAGCUUCACUAUUCAUCAUUUUCUGGUGAGAAAAUUGACAAAAUGGACAUUUCCUUGUGGUACAUUUUUUCAGGAUAGCUGUGAUUUUAACACAGUCCCUCUCCUACUGUAUGUACACGAAUAUAAACUCUGGAGGCUCAGCACCAGAAUGAAACACACUGACACUGCUGAGGAGAGUCAGUACCACACUGCCCUCUAUUGAUCAACUGCAGGAAUUACCACACAUUCAUACUAAUAUUAUUUUGUAGAAUUGAACUCAUUUACCUACUCUCUAUUUACCUCAGAAUUGGGAUUUUGAUAGCAGUGCAAAGUGGUCAAAAUCAUUUUUAGGGACCAAAAUUUUCUGCAAUUUGCCCUUGGGGGUGUCAGCUUUUACAGUAAAUGAAUUGUACCAUUAUUUAAAAUGAUUGUAUUAUCACAGAUGUAUCAUGAGAUCAAAAUCAGCAGGACUGAUUAUGUAGAGUUUUGCAAUACUACUAUACUAAACUGUUUUGAAAAGUCAUAUAGAAAAAUGAAGGGUGUUUCUGUUAUGUCUCUGAUGCUUUAAAUGUUUUAAGUGAAACUAAGACUUUGGUCACAUGAUUUUAUUAUAAUAAACUAUUUAUUUUACCCCAAUUGUCCCAGGACUAGUUAACUCUGACUUCCCCCUAAAUCACAGAAUAAAAAUAGGCCAUUGAUUUGAGUUACGAGUAUUUUCAUUAAUAUUAAACAGCAAACAAUGCUUGCAAAAAUUUUUUUUUUAUAAAAUGUGAAUGUCGACAGUGACCUCAAAUUCAGCAAGUGAUAAAUAAAAUGGAAAUUCUAAGAAUAAUUUUUUUUUUUUUUUAAAUGGUAUUGUAUUAACUGUUGCACAGCAAAGACAGACAAAGCUUUUUUUUUUUUUUUUUUAGUUUUUUUAUCCAAAAGGCGAGAAUAGACCUCACCCUGUACAAAGCCAAACACUCAACCCAUCAUCACAUACAUAUCCAUUCAUCCCAACGCAAAUCUGUAAACAUACUGAGAAAAUAUUACAAUUGUAGACGUUAAGGCCUAUUCCCUCUCAAUUAAUAUAGAAUGUACAACAUAGAAUUUUUGGACAUGCUACAGUAAAAUGUAGGAUUUGAAUAUAACCAUUUUCACUUAUUAUUUUCCAAAAAAAAAGAAAAAAAAAGAAAAAAAAAAA